CUGCAAGAACUUCCGCCAAAAUCUGGAGCUCGAGCCUGCAAGCCCGCAUCAUCGCGCGCAAUUGCACGCUCCACCCAAACCAGCUCUCUUCACGAACCGCAGUCACGAGCCGGCGAAUCGCGUCGUGCAAUAUAUAGCCCUUUUUAAACUCCUGCGACGCCACCAAGAUGCCGCUAGACACCAGCACCUACUCUCUCGCGCUUCUCCGCCUCGAUGGCCGCCGCUGGAACGAAUUACGGAGAAUUCACGCGCAAAUCUCCACGCAAGCCGCCGCCGAUGGGUCGUCAUAUCUCGAGAUGGGUAACACCAAGAUCCUCGUUUCCGUUACCGGACCCGCCGAAGGCAAACAGAGCGGGCAAAGAGGCGGCGCAGACAAGCAGGCCAAAGUUGAAGUCGAGAUAAAUUUCGCUGGCUUCAGCGGUGUAGAACGAAGGAAGAGGAAGAGUGACAAACGGACAAGUGAGAUGGAGCACUGCCUAAGGUCGGCAUUCGAGGGCGUGUUGCUGCUGCAUCUUUACCCGCAUUCGACGAUUACAUUGAAUGUCCACAUCAUCUCGCAGGAUGGAUCAUUGCUGGCUGCGUGUAUCAAUGCGUCAACAUUGGCGCUUAUCGAUGCGGGUAUACCAAUGACAGAUUAUCUGGUCGCUUGCACAGCCGCUUCUUCUGCUUCGGCGUCAGCGGCGGACAACGCGUCUGCCGAUGACCCGCUGUUGGAUCUCAACAACCAGGAGGAAUUGGAGCUGCCGUUCUUGACGGUAGGGACACUGGGGGAAACCGAUAACGUCGCUGUGUGCGUCAUGGAGACCAGGGUACGAAUGGAGAGGUUAGAGGGUAUGCUGGCAGUGGGUAUUGAAGGGUGCAAGAGGAUGCGUACCAUAUUAGACGACGUGGUCAAAGGAUACGGCAAGAGGUUUGGAUGAAGGAGUAAAGAGGGAUAGAGUCUAUCAUACCAUCAUCUCAGCGCGACCGUCAAGGCAAUCCGCAAGACUCGAGGCGGAUACAGCGAGACGUCUCGGACGUGGUGCCUAGAAGCAUCGAAACUGUGCGAGACCUGGAGCGGAACUGCGUGCGUCUUCAUGCAAAGCCAAGUGCAAUGCAGCAUCAUUCUGCUCUACAAAAGAGGAAUGGCAUAGGAUCAA